GCGGGAGAGGGCAGUCAGCCUGCAGCCGCGACUCCGCCGCGUCGCUGCCGUCGCGCACCGCUCGGAGCUCGCUGGAGGUGGGCGAAAGUGUGCGAGAGCGCCGGGGGAGGAGCCGAGCGGGGUGCGUCCUGUGAGCGCCGCCACCGCCCCCCGGAGUCUGCUGGAGCGCGGAGCCCCCUGCAGGGGAGGCAGCGAGCGGCUGGCGGGACGCGGCGGAGGGCGCGGACCAUGCAGUCCCGGCCCGGCCAGUGCCGGCUGCUCGCUGUGCAGUGAGGUGGCAGGGUCCCCUCCGGCCUCCGCACCCCUACCUCCUUCAAGCCCAAGUGCUGCCCGGCGCCCUUACCCUUCGUCUGGGCCCCGGGACACCGGUGGAAGGCACGGCCUGUCCUUGCCCUGCUCUGCUCGAUCAUGCCGGGGGCCCCGAAAGAAGAGAAGGCAACUGACCGGCCCGCGCCAACCGUGGUUGAGGGGCUCCCUGCUCUCUGAAACGUCCCCCACCUGCUGCCAUGUGUCGCCGCCACAGGUACCUAGCUUGUCGUUAAACUUUUCCUGCUCUGGUCGGAUUCGGAGUCGCGGGACGGAGGAGCCUGGCUGGCUGCAGACAUCUGCCGCCCAGCAGGAUUCUCGGAGAGUUGUGUCCUUGGAAUCGGAGCCCUACUAGUCUCUCCAGCCCUCUCUGGCGCGGAGCGCUGCCGGCGGAGGCAGCGCCUUCCCGAAGCAGAUUGUCUUUGCACGGAUUUCUUUAAGAGAAAAAGAAACCAACAGGUUGCCAGCCCGGGAGUCACAUUCAAGGUCCCGGAGAGGGAAGCCCCGGCCGCGGAUUCGUCGGUCAGCGCCGACCCUCACGGGCACCAGGAGGCAAGGGGAAGAAGGGGGCGAUGGCCCGGUCCGACCCGUCCUCGUCGCCUUCGCUGCUCCUGCUGCUGCUAGCGCAGCUUGUGGGCCGGGCAGCGGCCGCCUCCAAGGCCCCGGUGUGCCAGGAAAUCACGGUGCCCAUGUGCCGCGGCAUCGGCUACAACCUGACGCACAUGCCCAACCAGUUCAACCACGACACGCAGGACGAGGCAGGCCUGGAGGUGCACCAAUUCUGGCCGCUGGUGGAGAUCCACUGCUCGCCGGACCUGCGCUUCUUCCUGUGCUCCAUGUACACACCCAUCUGCUUGCCCGACUACCACAAGCCGCUGCCACCGUGCCGCUCCGUGUGCGAGCGUGCCAAGGCCGGCUGCUCGCCACUCAUGCGCCAGUACGGCUUCGCCUGGCCGGAGCGCAUGAGUUGCGACCGUCUCCCAGUGCUGGGCGGCGACGCCGAGGUUCUGUGCAUGGAUUAUAACCGAAGCGAAGCCACCACCACGUCCCCUAAGUCCUUCCCGGCCAAGCCUACCCUCCCAGGCCCACCAGGAGCGCCAUCUUCCGGGGGUGAGUGCCCCUCGGGAGGACCAUCUGUAUGCACUUGCCGUGAGCCCUUCGUGCCCAUCCUGAAGGAGUCACACCCUCUUUACAACAAGGUGCGUACCGGCCAGGUGCCCAACUGUGCGGUGCCCUGCUACCAGCCGUCCUUCAGCCCCGAUGAGCGCACGUUCGCCACCUUCUGGAUUGGCCUGUGGUCUGUGCUGUGCUUUAUCUCCACAUCCACCACCGUUGCCACCUUCCUCAUCGACAUGGAACGAUUCCGCUACCCUGAGCGCCCCAUCAUCUUCUUAUCUGCGUGCUACCUGUGUGUGUCGCUGGGAUUCCUGGUGCGCCUGGUCGUGGGCCAUGCUAGCGUCGCCUGCAGCCGCGAGCACAGCCACAUCCACUAUGAGACUACUGGCCCUGCACUGUGCACGGUCGUCUUCCUCCUAGUCUACUUCUUUGGCAUGGCCAGCUCCAUCUGGUGGGUCAUCCUGUCGCUCACCUGGUUCUUGGCAGCUGGCAUGAAGUGGGGCAACGAAGCCAUCGCAGGCUAUGCCCAGUAUUUCCAUCUUGCUGCCUGGCUCAUCCCCAGUGUCAAGUCCAUUACAGCGUUGGCACUAAGCUCCGUGGACGGAGACCCGGUGGCCGGCAUCUGCUAUGUGGGCAACCAAAACCUAAACUCGCUGCGUGGCUUCGUUUUGGGCCCACUGGUGCUCUACCUGCUGGUGGGCACACUCUUCCUUCUGGCGGGCUUCGUGUCUCUCUUCCGCAUCCGGAGUGUCAUCAAGCAGGGUGGCACUAAGACAGACAAGCUGGAGAAGCUCAUGAUCCGCAUUGGCAUCUUCACUUUGCUCUACACGGUGCCAGCCAGCAUUGUGGUGGCCUGCUACCUGUAUGAGCAGCACUACCGGGAAAGCUGGGAGGCUGCCCUCACUUGCACGUGUCCAGGAUCCGACUCUGGCCAGCCGCGCGCCAAACCCGAGUACUGGGUGCUCAUGCUCAAAUACUUUAUGUGCCUGGUGGUGGGCAUCACGUCGGGAGUCUGGAUCUGGUCCGGCAAGACCCUGGAGUCUUGGCGGCGUUUCACCAGCCGCUGCUGCUGCAGCUCAGGGCGGGGCCACAAGAGUGGUGGAGCUAUGGCCGCAGGGGACUAUGCUGAGGCCAGCGCCGCGCUCACCGGCAGGACCGGGCCGCCCUGCCCCGCCGCUGCCGCAUACCACAAGCAAGUAUCCCUGUCGCACGUCUAGGAGGCCUGUAGGCCCGGGGACAGUGCUGGAGUUGAAGGAGGGGCUUGUUUUGCUUGGUAACUUUGUGAAGGUCACUUCCGUUUACCUUCUUGGUGCUGGUACCCCCUUCCUGAGGGGCUUGGAGAGGGAAAGGGAUCGGUUUCAAGAGAGUACCUGUCUUCAGUCUCCUACCAGGGGGCUCAGCUCACGUGCGGUGUAUUCUAGUUUGUAUUUCUUACUGCCUUCUUUAGAAGAACCCAGUUUUUAAUUUAUAUGUAUUUUAAUUUUUAACUUUGUUGCAUUUUGGCAACAAAAAUACCUUUGCUUUGGGCACUUCACAGUCCUCAAGCGGACAUUGUAAUGAGGUUACCCUUGGUUCAGGUUCCUUUGGACUGUGUGGUCUAAAUUAGGAAAAUAUAUUUCCUAUAUGUGUGUCUUUUUUAUGUGAAUAGUGAAGGCUGCUGUGACUGGGAAGGUGCGGAGUGCCUUUUUUUUUUUUUUUUUUUUUAAGCUAGUUUUUCCUUACACUGCUUAGAAUGUCCAGGACACUUAGAGACCAGAGGCCAUCUGCUGUCCUCCCUGGGAAUGGAUCAUAAUGUGCUUAGGACGAUCCCCAAGUGACAAGGGAGCUGGAGAUUUUGUGACCCUUCUUAACCUUGCCCAGCAAUCGUUGGGCUCUUUUCAACCUGGCUGCAGUCCUUCUCAUUCCUGAUAGAACGGGUGUCCUGUCUUGAGUCUGUUAGAGGUGGCGUUAGUGAGCUGGAUGUGAAUUCUGAACUUUGAGCCAGAGAGGGAGUGGGUGCUUCGUAAGAAGCUCCAGGGAUCCCUUAUUAGUAUUUUUAAAGAAAAGAAACUUGUGCUACACAUUUUUGUAAAAGUAAACCCACUCCCUUCUUCUGGAGGUACUUAGGGAUCCUUGCUAAAGGGGGCUCUCUUUUAGAUUAAAGGACAAAAAACGGAUGUGCUUUCAGUAAUUAAAGUAAAUUCCCAUUGCUUCUUAUCUGCUCCUCCCGCCCCACCUCCUUUAUCAUGUUAAACAGUCUUUCUUGCUUUUCUUAUUCCUCCUCCUGGAGUGCGGUGAUUAGAAGCCACGCCCACCCUCCAAUGAAGUGCUGCAGUUUGGGAGCGAGGCUCGUUACCUGGGAACAAACAUUGGCUUGGAGGAAGGAAAACAAGUGUCCCUGAACUCGGGGCUAGUUUAAAGCCAGAGAGCCCCAAAGCAGCAGCACUGUCCUGGUAGCCUCCGGAAAGCAAACAAGACCCAUAACUUACGCUUUGUAGAAUGGGGCAGUGUAAUACCUACUGCCGGAGGGACCCCCGGCCCCGCCCCGCUCUCUUUGCCUCCUUCUAUGAAAGCCCGUCUAGUGACGAUACCCCCUCACACAGAGUUUCUCUGCUAUUAGAAAAGUCUGUUUGCUUUCCUAAUCUGUUUAACCAUUCAUUCACCAAGAGUGUGAGGCCGUUACUGGGGGGAAAGUGCCGUGCACCAGCCAGCAAGGCCAGUGACCAAGACAGAGUGGGAACUAAACUUAGGGAGUGAAAAUGGCCAAGCAAUUAAAACGUCACAAAGCUUUCCUAGAAAAACAGCUGGAGUCUAGGCAUCCCGGUUUUCAUUCGCAGCAGCUGGGGGUGGGGUGGGGGAUUUAAGCCUGAGUCAGCUUUACCUCCCAGGUACUGAGCGGAGAAAUGCAUAGUCCCCACUGGGAAUUUAAAUGCCUAAGACUAAAUCUUUAGGUUGCUCUGAAGCCGUUCACGUUUGUAAACUGCAGUACCCUUACUCACUGAUUUGAAUCAAAAUGAAAACUUUAGUGGCUUCCACAAAAUCUCUACCCCUAGCUGUAGAACUCUGGGAUUGUCUUACUCUGUUUAUUCAGAAACCUCUUCCGGGAAGCUCAAUAGGCUCCCUGUCUUCUCCUGUUUUUCAAAUGAGGUCCUUCUUAUCUACCACCUUAACCUCUGGGCUUGUUUAGCUCAUCUUCCCCGGAGUCAGCUGUGUCUAGUUUGGGUUGUUUCCUCUUCACAAAGAAAAUUGUGGAGGAAUCUAGAAAAGACAGACAGUGUAUCUAAAAGUUGUGGGAUGAAGUGGAUGAAAAUGACUUAAUUUGUUUAAAAAUGAUGGGGUUUUUUUUCUUAGCAACAUGCUAAAGUAAAAAAAAAAAAGAACAAUUAAUUCCCUUUGAAAAUAAGAAAGCUGGAACAGACACGAUGCCAAGGCGGUGGCCUGUGGGGGUUUGGAAGCCUCGGAAGUCUCUUUUGUUUCUUGUCAUCUUUGCUCUCCUUUCUUCUCCCCUACCCUAAGGAGACAGAGAGAGCCCACCUGCUUCUCCCCUACCCUAAGGAGACAAAGAGAGCCCACCUGCUUCCCUUACCGACACCAGUCCCGGCCAGCCCUAGCGGAGGGGAGAGGGAAGCCGCAUGUACGAAUGGUCACCCCCCUUUCCACCACACAUUUUUCCCUCCUUCGCAUUUCUGUCGUGCUAACAGUGAAUGAAAUGACGUGGAGAGCUGUGGGCUAGUUCAGUUUCUGUUGCUGGGGAGGACUUAGAGCUGCUCUGGCCACCUUGCUGACCUCUGUUAGCGUUGCACAGGUUAGAGGGUGAGGAUUUAGGUAGUUGAAGACAUGGGGCCUUAGUGACUCCAGUGGCCAAAUGUUAGAAAGGUUUGGUUUUAUUUUUUUAUUAUUAUUUAAUUUUAUAUUAUUUCCCUCCUCAAAUUUUGAAGUUGUCUAAAUUGGAUGAAAAUCAUUUUUCUUGGUGCCUUAUUGGCUUAUUCUUGCAACCCUUUGUCAUGUUCUCAUGUGACCAUUACCAGUGACCAGGGCCUGUGUGCAUGCCUUGUGUGCAAUUGUGCGCGUGUACAAGCUUAAAUAAUGUGCUGAUGGCACUUGUUCCAAGUUGGUAUUCAUUAGGCUGUUCCCUCCUGGGCCAGGGCAGCACUAAUCUUGACACCGGCUGCCAGGAGAACAGGUCCUGGAUCAUACACAGAACCGUAAUAACAGCGUCCGUGCCCUGCACUGGGAGUGCAGAAUGGGAACCCCAGAGCUAGGAAGCACAGUUGUCUGCUUUAAUGAACUGCUGCCCCUGCUAAGAAAGCUCCUUUCACUUUUGUGCUCUACAGAAAGGCCAAGGGGGGUAGGGAGGACAAAGCUUUGAAAGAGUGCUUUCCAACACCGGAUGUGGCAGACAGGACCGAGCACAUCACAAACCUAGGCAGGUGUGAGGGCCGGUGGCUAAGAAUUGCCUGCUGCCUCUGUGUUCUUUCUUGUCUCCGAAGUCCAAUCAAGUGAUCCCGGGAAAGAAACAGCCUGGGCUGGGGAGCACGGCUCAGAAAGAAAAACUCUCCAGACAUGAAAGAAGGGCGGGCAGGUUGUAACUAACCCGAUUCAAACUCUCAGAAGCUUUUCUUGAUGACAAUUGCAGGAUUUUUUUUCCCAUCCAGGAUAAUGUCUGUGGUACAUCAUUUUAAGACAACAUUAAUUUACAUUGUUACAAACUAUGUAUAGUAUGUAUGUUUUGUGGGUGUGUAUAUACGUAAUAUAUAUAUUAUAUAUAUAUAUAUAUGAGAGAGAGAUUUAGUGACUUUUGAUACGGGUUGGUGCAGGUGAAUUUAUUACUGAGCCAAAUGAGGCACAUACCGAGUCAGUAGUUGGAGAACAGGGCAUUCAGUGCUGUGUAUGGUUUGCAUACAUGUAUAGUGCCUAUGCCAUGCAGUAAGAAUCAUUGCUGUCACGCCAAAUCCAGCACUCACAAAUCAGAGCCAGCAAUAUCUUAUUUGUAGACAAUCAGCUUGAACCUGUAGAUUAUGACUGGCAGUGGUUAUAAUUCUGAAUCCAUAACAUUAGCAAAAGGAAACGCAGAGUGUCUUGAAAAGAGGUUGGUUUUGUGCCUGGAAGUCAGUACAACAGCAAUUGUGUGUGGUUAUGUUAGUCUCAAGAUUAACUUGUUGACCUUAUUAUUUUGGAAAUUUUUUGUAUUAUAUUUGUGGGAAGGUAAAAUAAUGGUUUUAAGAUUUUUAUCAAAUAUGGAGAUUAGUUAUUUAUGAAAAACAAAGAAAUGUCUAUUUUUGUUUCUUUGUUCCCAAUUCAUGUAGAUAACUUUUUAAAAUGCAUUAAAGCAAUGGUGAAGAAAAUGCAA